CCAGUGGCUGUGCAGUGACCAGCGAGCAUGCAGUGGCCGUGCAGUGACCAGCGGAUGUGCAGUGAUCGUGCAGUGACGACCGGCCGUGCACCCCACUGCUCGGGUGACUGCCCAUCAGGGGGAUUGACAGGCCGGAAUCUCCAGGAUUCCCCGUCUGGGCAGUGGCCGGAGUGAUUGACAGGAGGCAGCGCAGUCGGAGGCGGGACCUGCAAGGCGCCGGGUCACGUGAGACACGCAUUAGCGGAGGGUUUGCGGAUGUGCCGGGGGUGCUGAGCAAUGAGCGGGGUGAUCAGCUGUGCAAUGAAGCUGGGGUGCGGGUCGGCAGCGGCGCUGGGGCUCCUGGCGGUGCUGGCAUGUUGCAUUGGUCACGGUGAAGCCCAUCCCCAAGGAGGGAACAUGAAUGUACUUUUCAUUAUUGCCGAUGAUCUGCGCACCAGUCUAGGCUGCUACGGAGAUCCGAUAGUCAAAUCACCAAACAUUGACCAACUUGCGUCCAAGAGCAUCGUUUUCAAAAAUGCGUUUGCCCAACAAGCUCUAUGUGGGCCCAGUAGAACGUCCUUUCUGACCAGUCGGCGCCCUGACACCACCCGGCUUUACGAUCACAAUUCUUACUGGAGGACUCACGCAGGGAACUACACUACGCUGCCUCAGUACUUGAAGAUGAAUAGCUUCCUAACCCUGUCAGUGGGGAAAGUCUUUCAUCCAGGGAUAGUGUCCAAUUAUACAGAUGACUAUCCAUACAGCUGGUCCAUUCCUCCAUUUCAUCCUUCAACACAGAAAUAUAAAAAUGCCAAGGUGUGCAAAGGCCCAGACGGUAAACGAUACGCAAACUUGGUUUGUCCAGUGGAUGUGAAGGAGAUGCCGGAACACACACUGCCUGAUAUACAGAGCACUGAUGAAGCAAUUCGUUUACUGAAGAACAUAAAAAACACAGGAAACCCUUUCUUUUUAGCUGUUGGUUAUCAUAAACCACACAUUCCACUCAAAUAUCCCCAGGAGUUUUUAAAAUUGUAUCCACGUGAAGAGAUCCAUCUUGCACCUGAUCCCAAAGUCCCAUCAAAACUACCUCCAGUUGCGUACAAUCCAUGGACUGAUGUGAGAUCAAGAGAUGAUGUCCGGGCCCUCAACAUAAGUUUUCCAUAUGGACCCAUUCCUGAUGACUUUCAGGUGCUGAUUCGCCAAAGUUACUUUGCUGCUGUCUCUUACAUGGACACUCAAGUGGGCCGUCUGUUGAAUGCAUUGGAGGAACAGGGGCUGGCCAAUAAUACAAUCGUUGUGUUUACUUCUGACCACGGUUGGUCACUGGGUGAGCAUGGAGAAUGGGCCAAGUACAGCAAUUUUGACGUGGCGACGCGUGUCCCUCUGAUGUUUUAUGUGCCAGGCCUGACUGCAGCUUUACCUCUUCCGAAGCAAAGGAUAUUUCCCUUCAUAAAUCCUUUUACUGAUAAAGUGGGGAAUCUGCCUAGAGUCUCGAUGGUGGAAGCCAGUGUGGAAUUGGUCGACCUAUUCCCAACACUCUGUCAACUCCUCAAGUUACCCAUCCCACCGAUGUGUCCUUCAUCUUCCUUUCACGUGGAGCUCUGCACCGAGGGAGGAGGCAUGGCCAGUCUCUUCAACUCCAACACUACCAGUAACAGGGACGAAUCAUUUGCCUUCACCCAGUAUCCCCGUCCAGCAGACAAGCCGCAGCUAAACUCUGACCUCCCUUUGCUGAGGGACAUUCGGAUCAUGGGAUACUCUAUCCGCUCUAACGAUUACAGGUACACCCAAUGGGUUAGCUAUAAUCCAUCCACUUUCAGCGCCAAUCUCAGUGAUGUUCAUGCAGGAGAGCUCUAUUUUUAUAAAACUGAUCCGGGACAAGAUGACAACCUGUACAACAACAUGGAAUUUGCUGGGAUGGUACGGAAGUUUUCAGCCUUAAUUAAAACUUGAAGAUCACUUGCAGUGAUAUUUGGACCGGAUUUUUGUGUUGAGUUUUGUGAUUUUUGUGUUGAGUACAGGACACAGAAGAAUGUCCAAUGCUUCCUCUGCUGCACUUAAAGCACUCUUUAAAUGAUAAAUUCAGUGCUGCCUUGUAUUAAUAAUUCUGUGCCUUUUGAGCUGGCUAAUCUUGGGAGUCCCGAGCACUGUCCAAACACAAGUUCCAAACAAGUUACUUCUGAAUUUGAACUACUGUUGUCCAUAGAGGCACAUGUGAGAUAGCAGUUUGGAGAAAAAUCCUACGGAGCUGGCAAAUGGCCAACGAAUCUGCUUCAUUCUGAAAUGCCGGACGAAAUGUUGGCUAAGAAUCUCAAGAAAAUGCUAUAUUUCCUUUUUCUUCUGCCUCAGUAUGUGCUAAUGUCCACUUGAACAGGAAGAUGAGGUGUUCUGUGCUUGGGUGGGAGAGGGGGAGGAAUUGAUCCUGUGACUCAGAGGAACAGAGCCAAGGCUGACACUCGGACUUCAUUUGAGGUUUCUGUUGCCAGCUGGAAAUGUGUGUCAUGAGAUCUUUGAUUGUCUGCUUCUCAUCAAUCUGAGAAUUUCCGUGAAAGUUGUGAAUCUUGCAGCUGGUGCUGUGUGGAGUAGGGAUCAGAAGGUGGAUAAUGGAUAUUCCUUGCGGCCUUUCAGCUCUUAUUUGGCUGGAGAUGAAGUUAGUCACUGGGCCACUGUUGUUCCUGCUUUUCUUGAUCCAACUUCCCAAUAUUCUUCCUAACGGCAGCCAAACUACUACAAACUAAGUCCUCAUUAUAAGCAAGGGAUUGGAAGCUUUCUGUGGAUAACACUGACACCCACUCCUUUGUACCCAAUACAUCAAGCCCUCAAAAAAAAAAGAGCCCAAUAAUGUUCUAAAGACUUUCACAUACAUUAAACACUAAUAUCCUUGAGAAAAUUAUAUUAGCUAAUAAACCUCCUUCCAACAGGCUUAGCAAACAAGGGGAAUGAGCAGCAGGUGUUUAAAAAGUCCGUUGAAGGUGAAUCGCUGUUAGUUUUCCUUUGGACAGGCUUGGCAGCAAAUAAAAGAGGGGUGGUCUCUUAUGGAGCGACCUUGGCCAUUUUGAGAAGGGCAGCCAUGAGGUUGAAGUGCAGCUGGUAGGUCAAAGUGCGGGCUUUGGUGAACACUGGGCUUCAGUGAGGAAGAUGAGCAGCAUUAUGGUAAGGCAGGAUACAAUAUUUUUUUUCCCUUUUUCUUAAGUCGGCUAGUUUAUUAAAGGGGCAAUAAUGGCAGUCAGUGGAGUGGUGUGCUCCUGCUGUGAGAUCAGGGAGUGGUCAAGUGUCCCUGAUGACUGUCUGCAGGAAGUGUGUCCAGCUUGUAGCUUCUCUCAGACCACAUGGAUCAGUUGGACUGACUGAGGAGCACACACAGGGGGCAGAGAGUGACAUGGAUAGGAGUUUCAGAGAGGUGGUCACACUAAAGGUUCAGCCAGAUAGAUGGGGUUACCACCAGGAGGGACAGACAGAUAGUGUAAGCCUCCUGUGGCUGCCUCCCUCACUCUUAGACAUCAGACGAAAUUUUCAAAGUAACAUUCGUACGCAUGGGGUCAGUGGAGAAUUGGCUGUGUGGAUCCAGAACUGGCUUGCCUGUAGAAGACAGAGGGUGGUGGUUGAAGGGACUUAUUCAGGCUGGAGGCCUGUGAGUAGUGGUAUUCCGCAGGGAUCUAUGCUGGGACCUCUGUUGUUUGUGAUGUACAUAAAUGACCUGGAUGAGUAUGUUGAUGGGUGGGUUAGUAAGUUUGCAGACACUACAAAGAUUGGUGGAGUUGUGAAUAGUGUGGGAGACUGUCGAUGGAUACAGCGUGAUGUAGAUCAGUUGCAGAUGUGGGCAGAGGAAUGGCAGAUGGAGUUUAACCCGGAUAAAUGUGAGGUGUUGCACCUUGGUAGGACUAAUGUCAAGAGGCAGUACACUCUAAAGGGCAAGACCCUUAACAGUGUUGAAGAGCAGAGAGACCUUGGGGUGCGAGUCCAUGACUCAUUGAAAGUGGCUACACAGGUAGUCAGGGUGGUUAAGAAGGCUUAUGGAAUGCUUGCAUUUAUUAAUUGAGGUAUUGAGUACAGGAGUCAAGAAGUUAUGAUGCAUCUAUAUAGAACUCUGGUUAGGCCGCAUUUAGAGUAUUGCGUGCAAUUCUGGUCACCUCACUACAGGAAGUAUGUCGAGGCUUUAGAGAGGGUGCAGAGGAGGUUUACUAUCUUUUUCCCAUAAAAAUACCAGAGGCUUGCCUGUAGAAGAUAGAGGGUGGUGGUUGAAGGGAUUUACUCGGGCUGGAGGCCUGUGAGUAGUGGUGUUCCGCAGGGAUCUGUACUGGGACCUCUGCUGUUUGUGAUGUACAUAAAUGACCUGGAUAAGUAUGUUGAUGGAUGGGUUAGUAAGUUUGGAGAUGAUACCAAGAUGCAUUUAAGGUGAGAGAGGUAGGUUCAGAACAGACAUGAGGGGUACGUUUUUUAUUGAGAAAGUAGUGGAUGCCUGGAAUGCGUUGCUUGAUAGGGUGGUGGAGGCAAACUCAGUGGGGGCUUUUAAGAAGGGCUUGGAUGGGCAUAUGAAUGAGAGGAAAAUAGAAGGAUAUGGGUAUUCUGUAGGUAGGAGGGAAUAGCCAUGUUGACACUACAUUGUGGACUGAAGGGCCUGUUCUGUGCUGUAUUAUUCUACGUAAUGUUUGCUUUUUGAUGUCAAUUUGUUCUAUGAAUACUAACGCAAUAUUCCUGUCAUUAAAAUGCAUCGUCAAAGUUGAGUUUAUUGUCAUAUGCACAAGUACAUGUGUGCACGGGUGCAUUGGAACAUUUGAAGCAGCAUCACUGGCACAUAGCAUCAGACAAACAGCAUUCACAAGAAAAAACAUUAAUUAAACAUCUACACAAUUUUCGCAAAGAAAUAUAGAACAAAAAUAAAUCAAAGUCCAUUUUAGUGCAAAGUCAUCAAAGUAGUGAUAGUGUUGUUAAACUGUAGUGGUGAUUAGGGUUUUGCAGGUUCUAAGGCUAAACAAUUUGGCCUGUUCCAAUCCCAGUAAAGUGUACUACGAAGAGAAAAGAUCAUUUAAUCGUGUUAUCCUCCUGAUUAUGUUGUUAAUCUCGGUUUAUUUUGAUGGACACGUCAACCAAGAGAACGCUACACGAGGAUAUAAGAAACAGAAGUGACAACAGGCAAUUCAGAUCCAGGUGCCUGCUCUGCCAUUCAAUAAGAUGACCUUCUCCCUCUUUCCUGCACUCAAGCCAAUUCUCUUUAUCCUCUUAAUAUUUUUGAGUUUUGAACUGAAAGGAAUAUUCAGUGGAACAUCCAUGAAUAUGUGUUAAUUUAUAAAUGUGUUUGAGACCAUGUGAAAUGUUUAUUGGGCAGGUGUAAUGGCUUUUUCUCCUUGACCUGGCUUGAAGGAAGUCUCGCUAUUUAAUUUCUCAUUCUCAUUGUGGUCUGUUUUAUGGUCUUGUCAAUCUUAGAAUCGCUUAAAGGUCAGUAGCAAUGAGAACCAUUUCUGCCAGUUUGCCUUAAGAAGCUGGAUCAAUAGAAGAGGCCCAGGAUGAAUCUCUGCUGUCAGGUCAUGAAUUUUGGCUGUUUUUACAAACUUCUCAAAUUAAUGUGCAAUCAACACUCCUGUUAAUUGCUGGAUUCUCUGCUGCCUCUGUCUUGAAACCCAGUACUACUGUUGAACUACGUGGUUUGUUACUUGGCUGUUAGGAGCAGGGCAGUUACUGAGCUGUGAAGUUUAAAGAUGUGGGUUCAUUAAGGGGAGGCUGUUUUGCUGGUGCUUUUGGCUAUCAGGCCUGAAAGGACAUUUCCUUCAAAUGUUCUUGAUGAAAUAGGAAGGGCUGAGAGUCAGUGCAGAGAUGGGAUGCUUCCCGGGAUGAGGAACCGGUUAUCCUGGAUAGACUGGAGAUGCAAGAAGUGUCCUGGUUGGAACAGAGGUUUAGGGGUGCUCAGAAUUGGGGCUGUGGGUAGUGGGUGGCAGGUGACACAGCUUGUAGAGCUGCUGCAUCCCAGUGCCUGUGAUCUGGGUUCAAUCCUGACCUCUGGUACUGUCGGUGUGGAGUUUGCACGUUCUCCCUGUGACUGCGUAGGUUUCCCCCCACACCUCAAAGAGGUGCUGGUUAUUAGGUUAAUUGUCCACUGCAAGUUGUUCUUGGCAUGUAAAUAAGUGAUAGAAUCUGGAGGGGGGAGUCGAUGGAAAUGUGGGAAGAAUAGAUGAUAAGGAAAAUUAGUAGGUGCAUGAGAGUGAGAGGUGUCAUAACCCUGGGCCAAAUAAUCUCCUAUGCCAUGGAAUAUAGAUACAACAACAAAAGAGGAUCUGUUCCCACAAAAAGAAGGGUUAAUGACCAGAGCCACAGAGAUCCAGGAAUAUCAUGAAGAGACGCCUUUCCAUACAAGGAUCAUUGUGAACAGCAAUUCACAGCUUUAAACAACUGUGGGAAAAGAUUCAAUUGUGUUUUUUCCCCCCAAAAAGGAACAACACAGACACUCAGGAGAUUAAAACGUCAGGCUGUUGGGUACUGGGAUUGACUGGAUUGCUUUAGCAGAGAGCUGUGGUUAGCUCGGGGGCUGGAUGGGACAAAAUAAAAAUCAAUGUAGAUAUUCAUAAUUCGAUUGCACUAAGUAAAGCAAAAGGAGCAAUGCUGGCAGUUGUCGAUGCACACACCGGUUAAAUUCGCAAGCAUGUAACCUUGUGAUCCAUUGAUAUUUAAAGUACCUGCAACUGUCAGGACUAGAGACGUUUGGUAUUUUGUGAAAGGUUCCUUGGAUUCAGUUGUAACUAUUUUCACUUGUUUAAGUUACCUUCGAGGUGCAGCUGGUCAGCUUGAGAGUGGUGACUGACAGCAAUGCUGCCUGACCCUGACCCCUGUUGGCAAAGAAAGAUGUAUACUGCAGGAACAAGUUUUAUACUCUAAUUAUUACAACACACUCCUUUUGAUAAUGUAACUGUAUGGCAAGUACUAAGUGACCAUUUUGAUUAAAGUUGGUAUUUUUAACCUUGGUCCUGUUUUGCCUCAAUUACUGUAACUAAAUUAGAUGGAAAGUUAACUUACCAAAAAAGAUGUUUUGCUCUUGACAUUGUAAUGUAAAAUAGUUGUAGAGGAGGGAAACAGGCCCUUCAGCCCAUCAAGUCUGUGCCAACCAUCUGACAUAUGGGAAUUAUUAAAACACCCCCAUAUGAGUGACAAGAUAAGUGAUUUGGGAGAAUCCUUUCAUUAUUUAAUAUAGGAAGAUGUGCCAGAGUCCAGCACUUUCUGUGAUUGAGGAGCCCAGUACAUCAGAAGUAAAGCUAAUGUGAAUAUUGAAUAUCACACAAAGGUGCUGAUUCAUCUUGUCAGGUUUGCAAAGUGUGUGUCUUUCUUUUCCUAAAGAAAUUAUGAUA